GAAAAUAAACUCUCCACUCCAACUGUAAGAGUUAUUAUAAUGGCUGCAUGACACUAUUUUUAUAAAUUAGGCACUUUUUGAUUUCACACUAGUUAUCAGUUAUCAUGAUAUUUCCACAGUGUUUGUUGUCUCAGCUUUCUGUUUUGGUUUAUAUCUGUCAAUACAGUGUCUAUGAAUGGUUUGCAUAUAUAAAUUUUGUUUAGAAUCAAGUAUGCCAAAGAAAAGAUCAGAAUAUAGUAUGAACAUUGUUCCAAUCACAAAUAGUUUGACAGAAAGUUUCCAAGCUGUUGAGUCAUCCGAUCAUUUGUACAAUUUAAUUCCGGAAAAAACUCUCUCUAAUAAAAUCAAAUCAAUAGCAACACCAAAAAGCUUGAGUACACAAGAAAAUAAACUGCUAUUACCCGAAGUUAUUCAAGAUAAGUCAGAACAAACUGUAUCUCGAAGGCUUGUUAAGCAAAUCAGCAGAGGUUUAUCAUUUGCUGAAGAUGUUGUCAUUGAAAGAAGUCCACAUUUAAUAUCAUAUAACAAGAACCCUUUGAAUAAAAUAUAUAGUGAGAUUGGUAUUAAAAAGCAAGCAAAGAAACCUUUUUGUCAGAGGAAAAAAAAUCAUUCAAUGUGUAAGAAAAAAAUUGAGAAAGUUGGCUCAACUGGAAGUGGACCAAACAGUGAGUUUGUACUUGGUAUCACAAAUAGCAUAGAUCAAUUUCAAAAUUUAGAACCCAAAACGUCUGCCCUGCAUCUACCAUUUUCAAGCACAAAAUCAACGAUACCAUAUAAUGACGAUAAAGAAAAAAUAAAAUCACACAGCUGGGAAGAGCAUGUUUUAGCCAAGCUAAAUAAAAGUACAGCAGAUAUGAUCAUAAAAAAGCUUACUCCCAGUCAACAUCAUGAUAAGCUUAAACUCUUUUUACAUGAUUUGGAAGUGAAUAAAAGUGCAAAGACGGCAAUAACAGAAAGUGUGGAGCAGAACUGUAGUGACUCAACAGAUAAUGAUGUGGACCAGGAAUAUUUUUUAAAUUUUAAACACGGAGGAGAACAAGGCAAAGUUCGUAAUGUUUUGCAGAACAUCUAUCCAUGUUCUCCAUUAGAGUGGUCAAAUGAAAGAGAUAUGAAAAAUCAGUCAGCAAACACAAAAACACACAGAUUAAUAAAAGGAAUGAAGAAAUGGAAAACUUUUCCCGUCCCCGUAGAUGCAAACGAAGUUAACAUGAAAGUUACACAUCUUGAAACUGAAGUCAGCAAAGCAGAAGCCACAUGUAUUAAUUUGAAGGAAUCGAUUGAAGAAAAAAAUAACAGACCUCUGUUAAAAAUUGUUGAUGAAUGGCGUUCAAAAUGGUUACUUGAGAAAAAAUCUUACACUAUAGAAGAACUCUUGAAAGCCAUGUCUAAUAUAAACGAUCAUGUUCGAUUAGCUGCAGUGUCUACAGCUGGAACAUUAUUACGCAAUCAAGAAGAAAGUCAGCAAGAAAUAUUGGCGAGUGAAUCUAAAUCGUCGAUUCUGAACGAAGUAAAAAACAAACUAAGUGAUCCGUGUCAGUAUGUUAGUGUGGCAGCUGCUGCAACUUUGUACAGUGUCGAUAGAGGAAACCAACAGGCUUCAGAAAUUUUAAUGAAUUCUGUCAAACAUGGUGCACCGACAGAAAGAUGGCUAGCUGUACAAUGUUUGGCGGAGUACGAACAUGUCGAUGAUUGUGUGAUUAGAGAAUUGUUGACACAUAUUAAUGGCAGUGACGUUGUCAAAUCAAAAAAAGCUUCUGAAUUGAUCAAAAACCUUAGUUGUUUUACAGAGUCGAUUCAGUACAUGCUUGCGGAACAGCUGAACAGCACCAGCUGGAAAGAUAGAGUGACAGCGUGUAAGGUGUUUCCACUAUUAAAUGGAACACUACGCAGGGAUAUUGCGAACAAGUUAUCUUUUCUAAUGUGGAAUGAUUGGAAUACAGAUGUGAGAGCGGAAGCUGCUAAUGCUUUAGGUAAAACCUCAAAUGGAAAGCUUGUCCACGAUACUUUGUGCAAAUAUCUAACAAGUAAAGACCAAAUAAAACAAAUUGAAGCUUUAAAAAAGAUAUCACAAUUCGGUAUCGUUACGCCUCAUUUAUUUCCACCCAUUCUCUCAAAUUUGCAAUCUAAACAUGACGCAGUAUGCUUGGAAUGUGUCAAGGCCGUCAAUGUGAUGCGAUUAAAUGAUGAAGAAGUUAUUCAAUCCCUUAUUAAACUGGUUUCUUCAGAUCGAAACUGGAAAAUUAAAGCAUUCGCUAUUAAUGCUCUAGGUUCAAUUGGUAAAAAGUCCUCUUCAGUUCGUAAUUGUCUUCUGUGGGCCUUACAUUACGGUAAAAAGACAGCAGUGCGGGUUGAAGCUUGUGCUACAAUCGGAAGACUUGCUUUCAAAGAUACAGAGGUAGUGAACGUCCUUCGAGAUAUGGUCGUGGUCGAAAAAAACGAACGAAUCAAACGGCAAGUCGAACGUGUCUUGAGUUCUAUGGGACUGGAACCCAGUGAUGACGUCGGUAUGAUGGACGCCAUUCGAGAUAAGGUCAAACAUUUAUGUCGUAAAGAUAUUGUCAUAGCAAGUAUAUUAUUAAAAUCGGAUGAUUUUCAGACGUACUUGGACGAAUUUGGGGAAGGAAAUCAACAGUUUGCAGAAAACACAACCGGUGACGAACCGUUGAGCGUGUUAGAUAAAGAUUUUCCUCCAUCACUCGAAGCAUAUCACAUACGGAAAAACACAAAACAAGAAACUAAAAUUCCACGCAUCAAUCCGUCCUACAUUCCGUACUGGAGUGAAUCAUCGGAAAGUUUUUUUGAUCCAAGGUGACGAUGCUAAAAAAAUGUUCAGUAGUUCAUUCAUUUAUUUAUUGUUUUAUGUAUUUUUUGUAUACAAAAGGAAUAUUUAUUCUCUUUUCGA